AUGCAGGGAAAUAAGAAACAUACAGAAGGACAUAGUGACUCCUCAAGUAUUGGGAGUCUCCUGGAUGACACAGACAGAGAGGUGAGCAGUCUAACAGACCGGGCUUUCAAAAGUUUGUGUGUGGCAGAACUCGAAGACUCUUACAAUGAACCAGAUGUUGCCAUUUCACCUGACUUUGCCCUCCAAUUUUCUGCUAAAUUUCACCCAGGGACAUUAAACCAUACCAUCAAGAAAAGCAACGUCUGUAACAAGCUAACAGCAAAAAACAAUGAACAUACAAUAUGGGCUUCAACAUUCCAGCAGUUACCAAAGUGUGCUCCGGAGGAGAAAAGGAUUGCUAAAAAUAACACCUUUGCCACAGAAAGGAAAAAGCUGAAUUUGCCAGUCCCUGGUCCAAGGAACAAUAAACAUGUUUCGAAAGUGUCCUCAUUGAUUAAGACUUUUGAUAAGACUGCAGACCAAGGGUCAGGAGGUUCCCUGGUAGCCCUUAAGCAGCCCAUUAAGAACAGCUUUCAAAAAUAUAAAUUAAAUCAUGGAAAUGAUAUGGCUUGCUGGGAUGACACAGACAUUUUAAGCAUCCACAAGGAACUUUCUGAAUUUUCUGAGGCUAGACAAGUUAGCCACUGUCUCAGUGGCAAACAUGAGACACAGAAAAGACCUAAUAAAAUAGACAUGAGUUAUUGUGGCUCUGAUGGUUAUUAUCCUGUGCUGAUUGAGAUGUCAAAAGUAGCCAAGUCAAAUUUUUCCCGUUCGUCUAAAAAGGCUUUAAAAAACAGAAAUGUGAAAGUUAAUGAGCCAGCAAAAAAAGGUAAUUUUCUUCACAGUGAGAACAGUGCUUUUGAAUCAUGGAAUGUUCAUCAUAAAAAACUGACUGAAAAGGAGGAAUUUGUUGAUAUAAAAACAAAAAAAGAAAGUCUUGCAUACUUGGAAGAAGAACCAUUUAUUAAAGGAUCCCACACACAUGAACAUAAAUUACCACCUGCCAAGAUCACUGUUGCUAAGAAGCAGGAGAAAGAUUUUCAGAUGGAGCCAACUCCAUCAGAAGCUGCUUUCAGCAUCCCUCUCCCAGCUAUAUACGUACCUCAGGGCCCCCUCCCUUCUCCCCCAACACCCCCUACCCCUGAAGCCCCUCCUGUGCCACCACCCCCAAUACCAGCUCAGCUUUCCCCCCUUGCCACAUCCCAAGCCUCCAUCUCACCCCAAUCCAUGUCCUACAGGAUAGUUUCACCCUCACCCAUGUCCCAGGCACCCAGCCCACCUCCACCAAGACCCCUGGCCCCCUUAACCGAAGAGGAGGCCCUCAGUCCCCAACUGGGCAAUACCUGUCCACCCUGGAGGAGACAGAGAGCUACAAAAGGGGCAGCAGGGAAGAGACAGACUUCAAAGGAGAAGUUCACAGCCAGCGAUGAGAUCGUUUCAUUGUCUGAAAAGGCGACUGGUGCUGAACCUGGCCUGGAUGUCACUCCUCUGGCUAAACAGGUAAACUCCCCUGGAUCAGUCAGUCCCUCUUUCAACAUCACCGAACUCUUAACACCCAUCAUACCACCAAAACAGGAGGCAGACCCUGUGGAAAGCGAGCUGAUCCCGCUGACACCUCCUCCCACUGAGAACACAGCAGUGAGAGACCACGAGGGGAGCACGUUUGGCAAUUACAGGUCUCGGGAUAGUUACAAAUCGAAAGCAUCGAGUCUGUUAUUCAACUUGAAAGAUGUACGUAAACGUGUUAAAAGCAUUUAUACCCCUUCUCCCCUGUUAAGGGUCUUGGAGGAGAAAAAUAAAACUAGGGAAAAUACACAGGAGAAUACAAAAAUGAAUGCUUUGCCUUUGACCUUACAAGAAAAAAGUAACAAAAAUAUUGCAGAGAAAGAUGAAUCGGGUGAUAUAACCUCCAUAUUGUCUGGCAGUGUUCACGAAAAGGACAAUAAAACUGAUUUAACUGGACACUUUACAGACAAUUAUCUGACUUUGAGUUCACCCCAGACAACAGCAGAUCUUUUAUUUUACCAAACUGGAGACAACUUGCAGCAAGAAGAUUCAAAACAAAAAGGUCUGGUUAAAAACACAAGGGGUAAUGAAAACUUCACCUUGGUCAGACAUGAAUCAAAUGAACCCGAUUUCAGGAAACGUCUGCAGUAUCCAGCGCUGAAACCAUUCAGUAAAGACAAUGCAGAUACAACAGCUGGGCAGCCCAUGCAAAAUCCCAGUGUUCAGGGUGAGGAAAAUGAGAGACAGGCUGCUAUUCGGAACAAAGAGUUUGCCUUCAAAACACUCCCAAACCAGCUCUCACCAACAGAGGAUGUGCCUUACAGUGACAUCCAAACCAGUAUGGUGGUAACUGGCCGUGAAGCACAAGGCAAAAGAAGCAGCAGUUCUUCGGAGCAAUCUUUUGUCUCCACGGUAGAGCAGCCACUUCAGGAGGAGCUGUUUCCACCAGAGCCCCUGAUGCAGAAGGCAUGCCUUCAAGAAAGCCAGAGGACUAAGAGUGAAAUGGGUGCAGACAGCAAGAAAAGCCACAAGGAGUGAGGGAAAGAUGUUGAGGAAGAUGAACUGCAAUAUUACGCUUGUAUCAGCUCUGGUACUGGUGCAGCAGAGAAGGAGGGUAGGGUUACUGGGAAUGAAGAGAGGAGCUUGAUGGAAGAGAAACUAAGGAGAGAGAGAAGAGAAGAGGCCAACAGCAUGGAUUCUGCUUCUGACAGCCUAAGGGACAUGUCCAUCCCCAAGUCCGAGGAGCCACAAACACCCCCAUCUUCAAGCUCAACCAAACCCAGUCUGUUUAUGAUUAAAGAUAACACAUUUAGGUCACCUCAGGUAAUACGGGCUGUCAAGCUGCCCCUGUUCAGGUCAUUUUCCCUGGAUGAUACAGUGAGCAGCAGUUACAAGGAAAUGGAAAGUAGGUUUGUGCCCCCAGCAGAGCACAACAAGCAGCACCGCAACAUGUUGCAUGCCCAGGAGGUAGGCUGGUCAGCAUCAAGGCACAGAGGGCAGCAGAAUGUGAGGGAUGGAGCAGCGAGAGGGAAAGAGGCCAGUGAGCCUGGAUCUACUUCAGCAGCACUGGAUCCCAGUCUUCUGGAAGAUACAGAGAGCUUUUCAUUAGGGAAGCUGAUGGAAGAUGAAGAGACUUGUGCUUUGUUAAAUAAAGUUGGGAAAACGAAUGAGGAAAGUGUCUGCAGAAGGAAAGAGAAGCCCCAGACUAGGAAGGCAAGACACAGCUUAACACAGCCAAAUUUAGGUCUGGAAAAUUACCAAGCACAAAACAACCACAGCUAUCCCACAGAAAGAAAGACAAAUUACUUUAAGAAUCAUCAUUUAUCUAAUCGCAGAGGUGGCUCUUGUGCGAAGAAAAUAAUCACUAGGGAAACCAUUUCCCCUGUGACUGACUCCAUAUCAGAGGACCACACAUAUUCUCCAGUAUCCCAUGUAGCUUUAGAGGACAUCCUACAUACAGAAGGUGCAUCAGUUUUGUUAGACAGUCUUGCAUGCUCUGCUGUUACAAGCUCCAGGUCAGGCAGUACGAUGCACUCUAUUGCUGCCAGUUCAUCAUCAGACAAACCAACAAGAGAGACAGAGGAUGUUAUAAACCCUGCCUUGCUAAACAUGGCACUAAAGAGCCAAGCUGAUAUGUCUGCAGAAGAGAUACUUGAUUCAGCACAGAGGAAUCUGCCUCCUGAUUCUGCAGGGGAAGCUGAGAAACUGGAGCCCAGGGGACUUGGGGAGAGAGCAACAGGCAAGCCUCCCGCUGUGCCACCGAAAACAGAAAAGGCUCUGCGGCGGGCCAAAAAGCUGGCAAGCAGGAGAAAGAAAAUGCAAGAGCAGCAAAAAAAACAUCAGACUGAGCAUACAGAUGCUGUAGGGAGAAAGUCUUCUCAUUCUGGACAGACACUAGCAUCUCCCUCACCCUUGGGUUAUUGUCCUCUCCAUCCUGCCCCUCACUCAACUUUUACUCCCACAGAAACCAUUACAGGAAGACCUGGUGGUGCAUCAGCAGUAAGCCCUUCACCUUCUUCAACCCAGCGUAAACUCCUCCAAGACCCUGACUCCGGCCAAUACUAUGUAGUUGAUUUACCAGCUGAAGUCAAUUUGAAAACAUUUUAUGACCCAGAAACUGGCAAAUAUGUUCAAGUCUCAGUCCCUUCCUCGGAAGGGAACUUAUACCAGCCCCCCUCUUCAGAAAUUAUGAAUUCUCCCUGUGCCUCCUACCCUAGAGUGCUGCCUUUACCAGCUUCAUCUGUAGCAGUGCUGAAGUCACCUUCUCAGCUCUCUGAACCUACCUGGUUAAUGCCAGCUGUACCAGGAGAACGAGCUGAACUACCUGAAGAUGGCCAGCAGGACUACAGAUAUGCUGAAGCUGUGGAUACCCAGCCCAAUAUUGAACCAGCCUCUUACCCCUACAGUCAAGAUGGUGAAGAAACUCAAGUUCACUUACAAAAGGACAUGAGCCCAACUCCAAAUACUGAUAUCGUGUCCCUCACCAAUUUAGAUGAUUUUGCUGCUGAAGGAGUAUCUUGA